CAUUUUGUGUUUUAUUAUCGCUUUUACCGAGUGCCGUAUUUGAAACGUUAAUAUGAGCUUUGGCACAGGUACUCCGUCUAGUGGAUUUAAUUUUGGCUUCAGUAACCAAAAACCAGCCACUACCACUAAUACAAAUCCUGCACCAUCUUUUAAUUUCAGUCAGGCGGCUGCAACAACAUCAGCAUCGUCUGGUUUCAAUUUCGGUCAGCCAUCUAAUGCUGCACCAGCGAACAAAGGUUUCUCAUUCGGCGCAGCCACCACAUCAUCCUCUACAGGUUUCAAUUUCGGUCAACCAUCUGUUAGUACCUCCGCUGCUAGUGCUUCUGCGGCUAAUGUAUCAUCAGCCCAGACUGGAUUCACUUUCGGAGCUGCAAAUGCUGGUGCACCCAAGUUAGGUGGAACAACAGGAUUUUCUUUCGGUCAAGCACCUGCUGGAACGGUAUCUACUGCUCCUGCUGGAACAGUAUCUAAUGCUCCUCCUGCUUUUGGUCAGGUAGCAGCUUCAGGUUCAGGUCAGCCAGCAGCUUCAGCAUUGAGUCAAUCGUCAGGAUUUCCAACUUUAGGUCAAUUAGCAGCACCUACAACAGCAUCAGCUGGAUUUGGUUUUGGUCAAAAAGCAGCUCCAACGACAUUGGUAUCUUCCGCAAGCACUAUAUCAUCGGCAUCUUCGGCAAUUGCAACAUCAUCGGCGGGAGCGACUGCAGGGGCAACCUCAGGUUUUAAUUUUGGUGCAACUUUGGCUUCAUCGGGACCCGCGACAAGUAUCAAAUUUACACCUCAAGCUACAACUGCUUCCGCGCCUCCUCCAGCUUUCAAUUUCAACCAAACUCAAGCCUCUACUGCCAAUACUGGACUAAACUUAGGAUUGGGAAAGCCAGCAGCAGCACCAGCAGGAGCAACUGGAUUUUCAUUACUUGGAACAAAGCCAUCAACAUCGACUGCUGAUGCAACUAAGCCAGCAGAUCCAGCGGCUGGUACACCUAAAAGCUUAGGUGGAAUUUCAUUACCCACUGUAGCUAAAACUACAUCAGAUGCUACAAGCACAACUGGAUUAACUGGAAUUAGUGCGGUCAAACCAGUGACAACUGGUACUGGAGUUUCUAUGCCAACUGGAUUGGGAACAAUUUCUUUGCCUGUAAGCAAACCAGCAACCUCUGGGGCAAAUGAAACGACCACAACCGAAAGUACAGUCAACAUGACUUACAAACAACUAGAAAAUACUUUAAAUAAGUGGAAUGUUGAUUUGGAAGAAAUGGAGAAGGCAUUUUUACAACAAGCUACAGAGAUCAAUGGUUGGGAUCGUAUGCUUAUGGAAAGUGGAGACGAAGUCAGUAAAUUGCACUCUGAUGUUGAGUUAGUCAAGAAUGAACAAACUGAAUUGUCAAAAGAGCUUGAUACAAUGCUAACGUCUCAGAAAGAACUGGACGACCUACUUAAACCAAUGGAAGAAGAAAUUGAGCGUCUUCAGCCUGUUGAGCAUCGUCAACAUGCCGAUGAAGAGAGAGAAGUUACUUACAAAAUGGCCGAAAAAGUUGGAAUCAGAAUGAAAGGAAUGCAUGAUGAUUUAAAAGAAAUAAUUGAAUAUGUUAACAGAAUGAGCCUCCCCCGUGUAGACGGUGACAAACCAGAUACGAUAUCUCAAAUUACCCAAAUUUUAAAUACCCACACUGACUCACUGCAAUGGAUUGAUACAAGCACUGGAUCUUUAAAUAGAAAAGUUGAGGAAUUAACUAAAAGAUUAGAAGAGAAGAAGAAAAUGCACGAAAUGACUGCAAAUCGACAAUUCCGGGAUUAG